AUGCUGAUCGCCUCUCAAGUAUGCUUCGUGCUGCGCGAGCUCUUACUGUCGGAUAUCUCCAGCUGCAGUUAUGUUCUGAUCAGGCGCGUCAAAUUCGGCGGGCUGGCAUUAUCGAUGCGCUGGAUAGUGGCGAUGGCGCUGCUCGUCGGUGGAGAGGGUGGGGCGGGUGAGUUGGACGGUGGAGGGGAGCGGACUCGAGCAGUCGAUGUGAUGUGGGAGUUGAUGAAGCUGCAACUACCAGAAGUGAGUUCAGUUUCAGAAUUUGGCAAGCGCAAGCUUGCAAAGCAGGAGCCACCCACCAGCCCCACGAAAAACGCCUCACAUAUUCUUGUCGUUCGUCACUUUCCACCUCAGCUUCAAUUGCCAUUGCCCGCUUCUGCAACACCGCACCGCUCCUCAGUCUCUGCCAGCUCAUUCUGCUUCUCUGACCGAUCAUCUGCACGCCCUGCUUGUGCAAGUCGAGCGAAGAAUGCGCAAACGAUCAGAUGCAGGCAGAACGCCGUCCAGCGUACCACCCACCCAGCUCCCAUCUCGAGCGAAAGCACUCUACCUGCGAACGUGCAUGUGAAUGCCGCUUCUACGGCUGCGAAUGACCAGAUCGAGGCGAGGACUUGCAGGACGCGCUUGUUGAACGAGCAUGUCGAGAAUCGAUAUCCGCCGCUCCUCCAUCUCGAUGUGCGAUGCUCACCCCGAGAUCCCAUUGAGUGCCCUUGUAAGCAUCGGCUUGAAGAAGGCAUAAUACCCGACCAUGACCGAGCUCAUCACGGUGGCCGUAAUAAUGAGCAGCAAAGUCAGCUCUAUCGUGGCCUCGCGAAAACUCUCGUGCAGGUCGUCGUCAACUUCUGCAUGCUUGAAGCCCCAGAUGAGCUUGAUGUAGCGCUUGUCAAUGUCCCAGUUAGGAUGGAGGAUGUUGAUGGCGCUGGAAAAUGUGUGCGAGAGAAUGCGAUGUUGGUAACGAACGCGAUUCAUGCUCACUUCGACUCUGAUCUAGAUGUGAAACCAUCAAUCAACAUGCAUGGCUCCUUCAUUCACUCACACCUAGGAAAUGAGGAACUCCUGCCGCGUCGAUUCAAUCCAAAAAGCCUUACUCUCCCCUCAGUGCUUGGUCUCGAUGUCAGUACGGCAGGUAUCAAGGGCUAUGAGAUCGAGACGUUUGGUCUGCCGCCGAAUUCUAGCCCAUCGCAAAUUGUCUCAUGUCAAGGUACUGUAGCAGAGCUUGAGGAUGCUACAGCAGGAAUGGAGCAUAUGGGAAACUUCGUAUUCAUGCACAUGCAAAGACCCAGUUUGAAGAGAGGUUUUUUGGCUUCGCCGCCAUGUUCACUUGUCGGCAGGACGUACAGUACUCAUUCAUUAGGCGGACGGUAUCGAGAAAUUGUUGAAGACGUCGUGCAGCACAGCUUGAUGAUGGCGGUGGUUAUCAGGCGGACAUACGUGGUCCAGCAGGGUGCGGUCCGUAUCGUCUCUGCAGAGGGGCCGCAAAGGUCAGUUGCAAACAUUCUGCACGUAUCUCACGGCAUAUAG